GGUACAAACAAGAAAAAAAAAGUUUUUUUACACUUCUAACAAGGGAUUGAUUUUGUUUAUCAUAAAUACAAAAGUAAAGUCAGAUUUAGGUUCGAAAGUUAAAGUUCAAAGGUUUUUUUUGUUUUUACUAACUGGCUUGCGCGUUGAGUUGACUGGUAUUGGUGACAAAACUCAAAUUUCCAUUAAUUAGAAAACUGUUACAUUCAAAUUAGCUAUUUAGAUUAAAUUAAGUUCUUGUUCUAAUCAAUUUGACUGUAACAGACACAGUAGGUCAGUAAGUGUGCAAUUUAUUUUAUUUAUUUAAACACAAGAGGCAUGUUUUCUUCAAAAAUUCUGCACAGCAGCCUUUCUCAUGGUCUUAAGAUCUCGUCAAGAUCUCCAAAGCACCUUGGUGAUAGCGGAACACAAUAAUGACAAACUGAGCACCGAUUAACAAGACAUGCCGUUCACAGCAGCCAGCAAGCUCGGUGGGGAACUAUCAGUACUUGUUGCUGGAACAAAAUGUUCACAGGUAGCUGAGGAGUUGGCCAAGAUCCCGGGACUGACCAAGGUCCUGGUUGCGGAGAACGCAGCGUUUAAUGGCUUCUUGCCGGAGACUCUGGCUCCCCUGGUGUUAGCCUCUCAGAAACAGUUUAACUUCACUCAUAUCGUUGCCGGGGCCACAGCCUUCAGCAAGAGCCUGCUUCCUCGUGUCGCUGCCAAACUGGAUGUGUCUCCCAUCUCCGACGUGAUCGGCAUUAAAGCACCGGAUACAUUCGUGAGGCAGAUCUACGCAGGUAAUGCGAUCCUGACACUGAAGUCGAAGGAUCCAGUGAAGAUACUGACAGUGCGAGGAACCAGUUUCGAGCCUGCAGCAGAGUCCGGGGGCAGUGCCAAGGCCGAAGCUGCACCGGCUGGUGAAUAUAACUCCUCUUUGGCAGCCUUUGUGGGUCAGGAGCUGACCAAGAGUGAUCGACCUGAGCUGACCGCGGCCAAGGUCAUCAUCAGCGGAGGUAGAGGGAUGAAGUCUGGGGACAACUUCAAGUUGUUGUACACCCUCGCUGACAAGUUCCAGAACGCUGCGGUGGGAGCCUCUCGCGCAGCAGUGGACGCAGGCUUCGUGCCCAACGACCUGCAGAUCGGACAGACCGGCAAGAUUGUGGCACCGGAAUUGUACAUCGCUGUCGGUAUAUCAGGAGCUAUCCAACAUCUCGCCGGAAUGAAGGACUCGAAGACUAUCGUGGCCAUCAACAAGGACCCUGAGGCUCCGAUCUUCCAAGUCUCUGACUAUGGGCUUGUCGCUGACUUGUUUAAAGCUGUCCCUGAACUUACCGAGAAGUUAUAACUGGGCUGAAAACAAUUAGAUUACUUCGGCCUUCUUGUAUCAGAUUUUUAUACAUUUUACCUGUGUUAAGGUGCUGUUAUACUUUUGUUUUUGUAUUUUAGUCUUUAGUUUUUAGUGAUUUUUCCACUCAGUGUCAGAACGUAGUUUAUUUGAAAUUAUACUCUUGUGAGCUUUACUCUAACUGAAAAACCUCCAUGUAAAGUGUUCUGUCUAGCUUUAAUUUCUCAGUCAACGCCAAAAGUAGAAGACAGGGAAAAUCUGUAUGGUUUUGAUGACCAUGUAAAAGUAAUUUGUGCAGGAUUGUGAAUUAUAGAUCUAUAGCAUGUAAAAUAUUUGUAUUGUAUUGUGUUUUUGUAUUAGCACAAAUUUUAAAUAUAUUUUAUAUAAUAUUUCUUCUAUUCUAACUUUACAAUAUUAUCUCUUGUCUGCUACGCCAUUGUCUACCAGCCAUUGGAAUUUACCAUAAAACAAUGAUGUAUAUAAGUACAAUAUGUGUAUAAUCUUGUUGUUCUGUAACUAAAUACAAUGAAGAACUGAUAUAAUAUAUUUUUAUAGUUACAUA